UCACCAUAAUGAUAUGGCUUUAAAACUCUGCUGCUGCUACCAAACAUUGUUUAUUAUAGAGUCCACUUUCUACAGACAUGAGUCAGUCUAUAUUCAUUUUGUUGAUCCUCAUUCCUCUAACUUUCACUCAGUCAGUGAGAGGGAAGGACUGUGUGUGCGAUCUAAAAAAUUCAGAUCCUGCUUUCCCUGAGAAAAAACUCAAGAACGUAGAAACCUCUGCCUUACAAUGCACUAGGACCAUCACUUCAGAAAAGAUGACAGACUUAGACAGGCUUAUGCUGGGUCUACAACAACGCAUCAAGCAGGUGGAGGAAAACGUGAUCGCGCUAGAAAAGGAGGAUGACAGGAAUCUAUAUGGAGCCGUGUCUCUGCGCAUCAUUGAGUUAGAGAUCGCCGAGAUUCAGGACCUCCUCGACAAACUUAACAGGACCACCCAAAAUUACCACCAUCUCAGUGUACAGACAGCAGCUCAGCUUGAAGAUAUGAAAGACGCAAUGGCGGAACUGGAGAAGUUUGACAACAUGCAGGUGAUAAAGACAAAUAGAGAGAACCAGCGGGUUAAGAGGGACCUGGAACAGUGUAAAGAAGAGCUCAAUGCUACAUCAGCACCUCCUACAGUUCCCCCAGCCCGCUGUGGUCUGGGCCGUGUGGUCAGUGUGGCGGGACCUAGAACGUAUUCCCUCACGGUAUACAGUACCUCCUAUACUUACGGUGCUUGGGGUCGAGAUGCAAAGCCGGCUCCAGGAGGCGAGAACAAGUACUGGCUGGUGGUGCUGUCAAGUAGUAAUGUUUAUGGCCACUUUGUUCGCCAGUACAGUACCUUGAGUACUCUUUUAUUAGGUAUAGGACCAACAGAUACAUAUAUAUCAAGCACCAACCCCACAACAAAUACAAUUCAGGGGCCAAACAUGGUAAUGUACGGCAAUGCGCUCUACUAUAACUGUUACUACACAUACUCCGUCUGUCAGUUCAACAUGACGACUCGUGCUGUCAGUACUGUUGCUUUACCUAAAGAUACAGGUUACAACAGCAUUUUUCCUUUCGCACAUCUCGGCACAACAUACACCUAUACAGAUAUGGAUUUUGCCACAGAUGAAUCAGGCGUCUAUGUUAUAUACGCAACCACAAGCAACUUUGGAAAUGUGAUUAUCAGUAAAGUUGAGACUAGUAACCCUCCUGUUUUCAACCAAACAUGGUCCACUUCUCUUCACAAAAGGACUGCCACAAACACCUUCAUGGUGUGCGGUGUGCUUUAUGCUACUCGUUACCUAGAUAAAGAAACAGAAGAGAUCUUUUACUCUUAUGACACCAAGACAAAAGAAGAGCGCUUUGAUUUGAAAAUUAAUAUUAAGAAGAUGCAGACUAAUAUUGAGUUUCUAAACUAUGACCCCAGAGAUCAUCUGCUGUACGUCUACAGUGAUGCCUACAUUCUAACUUAUGAGCUCAUCUUUCAGUAAGUCUCCAGUUAUUUGAGAAAUGACUAUAGCUGCAUCUCAUUUCACAUACUUUCUGUACUAAAUAUGCAAGAUUAGAAAUAGUACAUUGCAAAUG